UGCGGGAGGCGGGGGGCGCUCGGGCAGGAGCCCGGGCCGCCAACGCUGCCCCGCGGUUUGCGGGUUCGCCUCCUAACGCCAGAGCGAGAGGGUUGCGGGUUCUCCUCUCAGCGCCGGAGCGAGCGACGUUCCCCGCCUGGGGCUGCCGGGGGCUGCGUGGCCCAGGUAAGGGCUGUGCGGGGCGCGGGAUCCAGGCGCAGGAGGAGGCCGGGGCGCCGUGAAGGGGGCCCGCCCGCUCCGGGUUCGCAGCGCGGCCCAGGUCCACUGGAUUUAAGUUGUGAAUUCUCUCUGGACACCAGUAAAUAUGGACAUGCCAGUUGGGAGAUAAGAAGAUCGCAGCCAAAAGAAGGACCAUGGCUUUGGAAGGUGGAGUUCAGGCUGAGGAGCCUCUCUGGAUGUAGGAAGCAUAAUCGGGCAGCCAUGGAGUGGGACAAUGGUACAGGCCAGGCCUUGGGCUCCCCGCCCACUACCUGCGUCUACCGAGAAAACUUCAAGAGACUACUACUGCCACCUGUGUACUCAGUGGUGCUGGCAGCUGGCCUGCCACUGAAUGCCUGCGUCAUUGCCCAGAUUUGCACAUCCCGCCGGGCCCUGACCCGCACAGCCGUGUACACCCUGAACCUGGCCCUGGCUGACCUGCUCUAUGCCUGCUCCCUGCCCCUGCUCAUCUACAACUAUGCCCAAGGUGACCACUGGCCCUUUGGCGACCUCGCCUGCCGCCUGGUCCGCUUCCUCUUUUACGCCAACCUACAUGGCAGCAUUCUCUUCCUCACCUGCAUCAGUUUCCAGCGUUACCUGGGCAUCUGCUACCCACUGGCCCCCUGGCACAAGCGUGGGGGCCGCCGCGCUGCCUGGCUAGUAUGUGGGGCCGUGUGGCUGGCUGUGACGACCCAGUGCCUGCCCACAGCGCUCUUUGCCUCCACAGGCAUCCAGCGUAAUCGCACCGUCUGCUACGACCUGAGCGCACCUGCCCUGGCCACUCGCUAUAUGCCCUAUGGCAUGGCCCUCACCGUCAUCGGCUUUCUGCUGCCCUUUAUCGCCCUACUGGCUUGCUACUGCCGCCUGGCCCAUCGUCUGUGCCGCCAGGACGGCCCAGCAGGGCCCGUGGCCCAGGAACGACGUGGCAAGGCAGCCCGCAUGGCUAUGGUGGUGGCAGCCGCCUUUGCCAUCAGCUUCCUGCCCUUCCAUGUUACCAAGACAGCCUACCUGGCAGUGCGCUCUACACCCGGUGUCCCCUGCCCCGUGCUGGAGGCCUUUGCAGCUGCCUACAAAGGCACGCGGCCCUUUGCCAGUGCCAACAGUGUGCUGGAUCCCAUUCUCUUCUACUUCACUCAGAAGAAGUUCCGCCGGCGGCCACAUGAGCUGCUCCAGAAACUCACAGCCAAGUGGCAGCGAUAGGGUCACUGAGUCCACUGGGGCAGGACACCUGGGGCCGGGGCACUGAAAGCCCUACCAACCCCAAACCGUGCACAGAAUUAAAGCUUAACUCAGCUGGGCAUAGAGUGCGGUCCCCUACAGGCUCCAAAAUCUCACCAAUGACUAUUUAUUGAGCCCUUGCUCUGGGCCAGGCCCUGUGGACAUAGAGACAAGCUCUCCAGAAUGUCCCAGCAAGGCCCCGAGAAUCAGGAAAGCCAUGUUAAGCUGCUCACAAAAAUAUAGUGUGGCGUGUACUAUAACUGAGGAGUAUGCCGUAUGCUUUGGAGUCACCAAUACGGGGAGUGAGGGAAGAUGGGAAGGGGAGUGAAGUUUCUGGGAAGGAGCAUUUGAGCUGGAUUUUGAGGGGAUGAAUAUUGAAUUCCCUGGAAGUGUGUGAUGUUCCUUUCAUUCAGCAAACCUUUACCUAUACCUUGUCCUUGGGUCUGGGUUGAUUUUGUGGUCCCAGGAGAACUAAACCCAGCCCUGUCCCAUAUAGGUUCCCAACUACUGGACAUACAGACCCUUGACACAGUGAUGCCAAGGCUGUGACAGAGGGAAGUAUGGCUGAGGGACAGGGUAAACAGAGGAUGGAGAAUGCCCAUGAUGCAGUCCAGGGAGUCAGGAACGAUCUCUUGGGGUGGGGAUAGGGGGCAUCUGAACCAGAUAUUGAAGGCUGAGUGGAUGGUCAGCAAAUAGCAUUGGGGAGCAUGUUCCUACAGCCUGGGCCAGCUAUAUGCAAGACUCUGCCCUGAGGCAGAUGAGUAGAGAGAGCUGGAGUGAGGGGCAGGCAAUAUGACCUCCUAUGUGUGAAAACUGAGAAAACAAGAACUGUCCCAUGGCCACCUUCCUCUAGACAGUGACAAGAGUGGUCCAGAUGCUCCAGGCUGGGGGGGGCUCAGCAGAGGGAGGAAUUAGGGAGAGCUUCUUCAAAGAAGUGGAGGUUGAGCUGGGGAGGAAUCCAAAAGGCAGAGGGAAGGCUGCUCCUGGUGGAAAGCCCUGUAUGUAUACAAAACCCAGAGGUAGA